GGAGGAUGUGACGCGGCGUCAUAAACUGUCUUCUUAACGCUGAAACACUGUAGCCAGAGAGAGAACCCAACUUGUGUGGGACCGUCAAACUUCAUUAACAGCAGUAAGACAAAAGCAUGGCUGAUUACUUGAUCAGUGGAGGCACAGGUUAUGUCCCUGAGGAUGGACUGUCGGCACAGCAGCUCUUCUCUGUUGGUGAUGGACUCACCUACAAAUCAGAUCAGCAGUCUGUCGCAGACGGACUCAAGGCGGAAGAGCUAUGCUCUAGUGGGGACGGUAUUACUUACAACGACUUUCUGAUUCUGCCUGGAUUUAUAGACUUCAGUGCCGAUGAUGUGGAUCUCACAUCUGCUUUAACCAGAAAGAUCACACUGAAGACGCCCCUGGUUUCAUCACCAAUGGACACCGUUACUGAGUCUUCAAUGGCCAUAGCUAUGGCGCUGAUGGGGGGCAUUGGCCUUAUCCAUCACAACUGCACUCCAGAAUUUCAAGCAAAUGAGGUUCGCAAAGUGAAGAGGUUUGAGCAAGGUUUCAUCACAGACCCAGUGGUGAUGAGCCCACACCACACGGUGGGUGAUGUGUUUGAGGCCAAGGUACGCCAUGGCUUCUCAGGCAUCCCCGUCACAGAGACGGGCAAGAUGGGCGGCAUAUUGGUGGGCAUCGUCACAUCACGAGACAUUGACUUCCUGUUGGAGAAGGACCAUGGCAGGCCCUUAUCUGAGGUAAUGACUAAAAGAGAAGAACUUGUUGUUGCUCCAGCUGGUGUCACUUUGAAAGAAGCAAACGACAUACUUCAGCGCAGCAAGAAAGGCAAGCUUCCCAUUGUGAAUGACAAAGAUGAGCUGGUGGCCAUCAUAGCGCGCACUGACCUGAAGAAGAACAGGGACUACCCUCUGGCCUCCAAAGACUCCCGCAAGCAGCUGCUCUGUGGUGCUGCCAUCGGAACCCGCGAAGACGACAAGUACCGCCUAGACUUGCUCACGCAGGCCGGCGUGGACGUGGUCGUACUGGAUUCUUCCCAGGGCAACUCUGUGUACCAGAUAAACAUGAUCCACUACAUUAAGCAGAAGCAUCCAGAAGUGCAGGUGGUCGGGGGGAAUGUGGUGACUGCUGCGCAGGCUAAGAACCUGAUUGACGCUGGUGUGGAUGCCUUGCGAGUGGGUAUGGGCUGUGGUUCCAUCUGCAUCACCCAGGAAGUAAUGGCGUGUGGCCGGCCACAGGGCACCUCGGUGUACAAAGUGGCUGAGUAUGCCAGGCGUUUUGGUGUGCCCAUCAUUGCAGACGGUGGCAUUCAGACUGUGGGCCAUAUAGUGAAGGCUCUCUCUCUUGGCGCAUCAACAGUGAUGAUGGGCUCUUUGCUGGCUGCCACGACUGAAGCCCCCGGCGAGUACUUUUUCUCAGACGGUGUGAGACUCAAGAAGUACAGGGGGAUGGGCUCUUUGGACGCCAUGGAGAAGAGCACAAGCAGUCAGAAGCGCUAUUUCAGUGAGGGAGACAACGUUAAAGUGGCCCAGGGCGUAUCGGGCUGUGUUCAGGAUAAAGGCUCCAUCCACAAAUUUAUUCCUUAUCUUAUUGCGGGCAUUCAGCACGGCUGCCAAGAUAUUGGAGCCAAAAGCCUGUCUGUACUACGCUCCAUGAUGUACUCCGGAGAGCUCAAGUUUGAGAAGAGGACGAUGUCCGCCCAGGUGGAGGGAGGAGUGCACGGCCUCCACUCUUACGAAAAACGACUGUUCUGAGACUGAACCCAAGAGACGUGUGAGGGAGGCGCCUGAUGUCCCUUCUGCAGCAGCGACCAAACGCAAACGAUGUAUCUGACCAAACCUCAUCUGAUCCAUACAGCCCUCUCCACACACCUCCCUGCUCCUCCCAAUGGCCCUCUCACUAAUGGGAUGGUAGGGAGAGGGAUGGUAUAGGGAGAGGGACCCCUUCUGACAACAUGGCUUUUGCACUAGAGAUGGAGAACCAGGGUUUACACAAAACAGUCCCAGUUAACUAUGAACUAGUGAUAUCUCGUUUGUGCGUGUGUGCGUGCGUGCGUGCGUGCGUGCGUGCGUGCGUGUGUGUGUGUGUGUGAGAGAGUGCGUAUUUGUGUUUGUUAUGGAUAAUCACAGUGAAUAUGGCCUUUUUGGUGCUUGCAAAGCGGUUUAUAGUCUCUGAAGUUACCAUGAGACGCUGCAACAUCAUCAGCAGUUCCAAUUCUCCAUUGCCAACACACAUCCAGAUGUUCACUCCAUGCCCAAAGAGCGUCACAGUACCUCUCAUGUGUAAUGGCAAAUCUAGUGUUUUGUAGCCAUCAGAGUUCUAAAAUGUAGAGCAGUUUUGUACCCAUCAAAUUUUCUUUUUGAGAAUUCAAAAUGUUAAUGUUCCAGCAUCUUGAUGUGUAUAUCCUACUCAUGGUGUCUCCCUCACCAUGUUUCUCAUCACCAGUUCUGUGAUGGCACAGGUCAAGGGUAUCCUCGAUGUAUAAGCUUAUGUUUUGUAUUGGUAUAUCAUACCCAUCAAAGAACCUUAAGCCAAAUGAAUAGUCAUUCUUUCUUAGAAUAUAAUGAAGAAUUGUUCAGUGUACUGUGUCUGCUUAUUCUAAGGUUUGGGACCAGAAGCUAAAUCUAGCUCUUUUUUUUUUUCUGGGAUAGUUCUCAUCCUAAGGUGUCUGAUGACAAUCGAGAAUCUCCUGACUGGAAUUUUAUGAGCGUUGUUCCCGACUGAUGCAGAAGAGACUGGCUGCAUGAGGGGUUUUGAUAUGCAUGCCCUCUUAAUUCAUUCAUUUUUUUAUAUAGCUAUAUCAUGGCUGUAUUUGUACACUUUUUACUCUUAACCUACAGCUGACAUAUGUAUGUAUUUAUCAUGCUCUAACUCGACAUCCACGCCAGUCAGGAAGCAUCAGGAGUUACUAGUCACACAACAGUAUUUUGCUAAUUAUUAACUUCUAUAUGUAUGUCUUGCAUUGUCACUCUUGCAUUGGUGUAUGUGUUUGGGAUGCCAAUAGUUUGCCUUGAAAUAGAGAAUCAGAUGCAGAAUGCUGAGGGCAGAAGUCUUCUAUCUAAACAAGCUUAGAUACAGCCAGUGUGUGCUCAGUACUUGUUACAGGUUGAUGGUUAAACAUUUGUGAUGCAUAACAUUUGGUCUUUUGAAGUGUGCUUCAUUGUCUUUCCUUUCUGCACAUCCUGCAUCUUGGGCCUAGUGCCCGCUGCAUUGGAGAAAAUGCAGUCUUGCUGCGAUAUUACCUCAUCCUCAGACACGCAGUGGUGGAUCAUUGUUGUGCUAUAUGUUCAUGUACAUGAUGUGUGAAGAUGAUGCAAUUAACACAUGUUUGUUGCUAGUUGAAGGUUGCACACAUCAUGGUCAAAAAUCUCUUGACUUGCCAUGUGAAUAUUCAACACAAUAUUUAGCUUACAUUGAAAUUGCUUAUGCUGUCAAACAUUGUUGUCAAAUGAAUUGAAAAAAUAAAGCCAGAGUUUCUCACAAAGGUUAGAUUGGAAUAUUUUUCAUUUUAUUCUAUUGUAAUUAAGCCAUUUGUUGUCAUCA